CUCACUCUCUUCCUUACUUCUGUGCCACUUCUAUAUUAAGGUCAUGGAUCCGAAGUUAACCUAGCAUUUGUGAAGAGGUUUGGAGGAUGGAGAAGAGUAGCCUCUUGGCCUCUUUCCUCCCGCUGCUGCUGCUCUUGCUGCCUUACUGUGUCUUGGGGGAUGACCCUUACAGGUUCUUCACCUGGAAUGUGACCUAUGGCGAUAUCUGGCCCAUGGGAGUCAAGCAACAGGGGAUUUUGAUCAAUGGCCAGUUCCCAGGACCACAGAUCGAGGCCGUCACCAAUGACAACCUUAUCAUCAAUGUCUUCAAUAGCUUGCCGGAGCCUUUCCUCCUCUCCUGGAAUGGGGUACAGCAGAGAAGGAACUCAUGGCAAGAUGGUGUUUAUGGCACCAACUGCCCCAUUCCCCCUGGUGGGAACUUUACGUACGUCAUGCAAGUGAAGGACCAGAUCGGCAGCUACUUCUACUUCCCCUCGCUGGCCUUCCACAAGGCUGCCGGUGGAUUUGGUGGCAUCAGAGUUCUAAGCCGCCCGCUGAUCCCGGUGCCUUUCCCUCCUCCUGCAGCUGAUUACACUCUGUUGAUCGGUGCCUGGUACAAGGCCAACCACACUGACCUGAGAUAUAUACUGGACAGUGGCAGAGAUCUUCCCUUCCCUGAUGGCAUUCUGAUCAAUGGCAGAGGACAGUAUGGGAACACCUUCACUGUCGAACAAGGCAAAACGUAUCGGUUUCGGGUGUCGAAUGUGGGGUUGGCGACGUCGUUGAACGUGAGGAUUCAAGGCCAUGCGAUGCUGCUGGUGGAGGUGGAAGGCUCACACACCCUGCAGAACACCUACUCCUCCUUCGAUCUCCAUUUGGGCCAGUCUUGCUCGUUCCUCGUCACGGCAGAUCAACCACCCAUGGACUACUACAUCGUGGUUUCGUCCCGGUUCACGAGCACCGUGCUGUCAACCACCGCCGUCCUCCACUACAGCAACUCUGGCGGGCAGCCCGUCGGUCCGCCGCCUGGAGGGCCGACGAUUCAGAUCGACUGGUCCCUCAACCAGGCGCGAUCUAUUCGGUAUCCUCUUCCUCACUCUGCUGAAACUGUUCGACAUUUUACUGACCGAUCUCUCUCAAUGAACCACAGAUGGAAUCUGACAGCGAGUGGCCCGAGACCGAAUCCGCAAGGCUCAUAUCACUAUGGUCUCGUGAACACCACAAGAACCAUCAGGCUCGCAAGCUCUGCUCCUGUCAUCAAUGGCAAGCAAAGAUACGCUGUCAACAGCGUCUCCUUCAUCCCAGCUGACACUCCACUAAAAGUGGCCGACUUCUACAACAUCCCCGGCGUCUUCUCGCUCGGAAGCAUGCCGGACAACCCGACCUACGGAGCUGGUUAUCUCCAGACCUCGGUCAUGGCGGCUAAUUUCAGAGACUACGUCGAGAUCAUCUUCGAGAACUCGGAGGACACCUUGCAAUCAUGGCAUAUCGAUGGGUAUUCCUUCUGGGUUGUAGGAAUGGAUGGAGGGCAAUGGACUUCGGCAAGCAGGGAGGGUUACAACCUGAGGGAUGCAGUGGCUCGUUGCACAGUUCAGGUGUACCCCAAGUCAUGGUCUGCAAUCUACAUGCCUUUGGACAACGUAGGAAUGUGGAACAUCAGGUCCGAGAACUGGGCUCGCCAGUACUUGGGGCAGCAGUUCUACCUCCGAGUGUACUCUCCGGCCAACUCAUGGAGGGAUGAGAAUCCCAUCCCGAGGAACGCCCUCCUCUGCGGCCGGGCGUCGGGGCGCAGGACGAGGCCGCUCUGAUCCAGCCAGAAGAACGAAGCAUUGUCACGAGAGGGUGACAAGUUCGCACCAGCCAUUAGAAGACUCCGAGGAAAAGCAUCGACGAGAGCUGUGGCACAUCUAAAUUGAUAGCUGUGGAUCUUCUCUUCGUGUUAUGGCAUCUCUUGUUGUAUCAUUGUAUUUGAGCUAUGAGUUCUGCCACCAUGCAUCACGUAUUCUUGAACUGUGUUCCAAGUAUUGUUGCAAUGAGAUUUAUUGCAUGGCCAAUUUGAAGCCAAAAGUAUUAUACUUGUAAGUUGAUGGUUCGAAAAAUCUCAUCCAAUAUAUUUAAACCUUAAACU